AUGACGAACGUUCAGGCGUUUGACGGGAUAUUCCCGGAACAACUAGCCCCAUCGAAUGUGAAGGAAGAAGAUGAACUUCUAGAUGAAUUUUUGGAUUCGAGGUUCUAUGAGUCUCUCUCUCAGAAUGUCCAGUCUGGUGAAGGGGAUGGGGUAUUUGAUACUUUCCCCGCCCCUCAGACCGAAAACGACAUGUUUGGCUCCGUCAAAGGCGAGUACCCUUUCAACUCGUACAUAGAGGACGAUGCUAUGCUCGGGAUACCGGGAGAGGAAGAUGAUAUAAACUCUAGCAAUAGUGGGAUUAACCAGCACGAGGAGCCCAUAACGCCGGAGAUCUCGCACCCCGGGUUCGAUUUAUUGCAGGUGUUCAAGAACGACGAUUCAAAUGAACAGGAAUACAACGAGAACAGAAAAGCCAACACCGUUGAUCGUGGUGGCAUGCAGUCAGAGGAGUUUGCGCUGUACGAACAAUCGCGAAACGAGCUGAUGAAGCUGAAGUUUGGCGCUACCAAGCCCAACUCGUUAUCACCAGAAAAUGGCCUCGAUUUCGCUUCGGAGCUCACAGCUUCGAUUCCACCUGAGUAUUUCGCCGUGGACGAGGAGUCGCUGCCGUAUCAACUGAACAUCAGUGAUUUUCCUUCAUAUUCCAGAGUUGAGACUCAGAUAAAGUUACGUCUCACAGUUUCGCCUGCUCCGCCACAAUUUCUGAUUCAUCUCCCAAGCGACACCAUUGCCAAAUCCAAGCUUUGUUUGAGUGCGCCGGUUCCAGAGAGUAUGCAGCCGCAUCUUCUGUAUCUCGACACUUAUGUGACAUCAUCAGGUGCCACCUACGAGGGCAUGACUCCAGAUUCAACCGCGGGAACUCCAGAUUAUGUACCACAGGGCCUCAAGGGCUGCAAUGCUUGUGUGAGAUGCUUGAGACGUGAGAUGAAAAGAGCCGGAAGGAGGAAGACCGGGAACAUUGAGGAUGGUCUGAAUUGGUCCGUGAGCGAGCCAAAGAGGGCUGUGAUCUUCAAUUGCAAGGAGAUUAUCUCCUUUCCUCGCCCUACAGGUUAUGAAGCCUCAGAUGUUCCAAGCGAGAAGUCCAUCGAAAUAAUGUCUCGUAUCAUCUGCUACUGUCGUCACCACUCUGAACCUGAUGGAUUCAGGCUGUUGUUUGUUCUCAAAAAUUACAAAGGUGAAGUUCUUGGAAGAACUUUCUCCAAUUCGGUGAUGAUCAUGGAUCGCAAGAAGGCCGUUGGCUCGAAAGGCUCGACCAAUGUCUCUGACAAACAGUACAACAGCUCUUCUGGAAAGGACAAGUUCGCUUCGAAGCAAGCCACCGAGUCACGCCCUCUGUCGCCUACGUCUAUUGACGAAUCUUCCACAUCGGAGAUGCCACAGAGCAACGGAAUGGUGCGGCCUAGCAAAAGGCAGAAGAGACCGUGGUCUCCUGAGUCGACCGGAACUUACUAUGACAGUGUGUCUCAGCAACGGGCCAUCAGAAACGAUUCUGUGUCUUCCAGCGGUGCGAAUACCUCGGUCUCUCGCAAGGAGCCUAUCUCGCCGACUUCCAGUGAUGCCCUCUCUCCACACCUCCAAUUUAGCUCAUCGACCAGCGUCUUUACAACUACUCCAGAUCGCAGCACCUCGGUUACCGGUCUUUCUUCCGCGUCCUUUGCCAGUAAACAGAGAAGACAGGUUAGCACCUCGGUGCCACAAUCGGUCCAGCAAUCAACAGCAACUGAUGCCCCAGCAAUUCAAAGGAUCAUUCCUGCUCAGGGUCCAAUCAGAGGUGGAAUCGAAGUGACACUGCUCGGAUGCAACUUCCGUCCCGGUUUGACGGUAAAGUUUGGAGCAAACAUGGCACUAGCCACACACUGUUGGUCUGAAUCCACCAUGGUAACAUACCUGCCGCCUGCUUCCCAGGCUGGUCAAGUUUUGGUGACCUUCUCAGAAGAAAAUGAGGACGGUACCAGGGCUGAUGUCUUGGAAGAAGCUGAAGACACCUCAUCUCUAGAUAGAGAAUUGGCGCUGAGCGGUGCUACUCCUCAACAGAUCUUUACCUACUUGGAUGAUACCGACAGACAGUUGAUUGAGCUUGCACUGCAAAUCGUGGGGUUGAAGAUGAACGGUAAACUAGAGGAUGCCAAGAACAUCGCUAAGAGAAUCAUUGGAAACAGUAACUCUGCUAAUAGCUCCCCUGUUUCUACCACUGCUGCAGAUGCCGGUGGUUCUGUUGCACCUCAGGAAAGUGUCAAUGAUGAAUGGCUUGAACAGGCAACCACCGCUGUUCAGAAGCUCUCGCAGUCCAACUUGGGAGAAGAAGAAGUUUUGCUGAAAUUUUUGGCACUGAUUGAUCUUCCUAACUCGCCAGUUGCAACUCCAAACUGGGCAAUCUGUACCACUGAGGGCCAGACUCUUUUGCAUUUGGCUUCGAUGAAGGGUUAUUAUCAAUUGGUAUUGUUCUUGAUCAACCGUGGAUCCAGAGUGGAUUACAGAGAUGGAAAUGAUUUGACUCCACUGCACUUGGCUUUGCUCAAUGGUCAACGCGAGAUCAUCAAGGUGUUGAUAAAGUGUAAGGCCAAGCUGACGACGAAGCUGAGUCCUCACGUCACCAUCAGAGACAUAGCAGACUCCAAUGUUCUGGAUUUGCUCGGAUAUUACUGUCCUGUGUCUGAAAAUGAAACAGAAGACUCCGAAGAUCGCCAGUUCAGGGAACUCAACAGACGCAUGUCCAACGAUUCAGUUGGUUCAUUGUUCUCGAGCGAAAACGAUAAUGGUAUGAGAUGGCACGUGUCUAGGAUGAUUCAAGAUGCCGAGAACCGGUCGGCAAGUGGAAGAGAAAGUGACCUCGACUCGGAAGUCUCAGUGGAUCCAUACGAUGAAGACGGUUAUGAUGACGAUAGUGAGUUCGCAGAUGAGGAAAACAAUCUGAGCGAUUACUCUUCGGACGAUGUUUCAGUCACCGAAGAGGCUUCCCCAUCGCCUAUGAACGCUACAGUCGAGGACUUCAAGCCUCAGCCUGUCAACAAAAUUGCGAUGAGCUCGAGAUUGUGGAAGACCAUGACCAAGGCUUUCAAGCAGCCAGCUAGUCAGGGUGAUCAAGAAGUGGAUGAAGAGGUGGAGGAAGAUCUACCCACUUACGAUGAUUUAUUCCCACAGGGUGCCUCGUUCAAGUCACUAUUUGGUGGUGCACCUAAAACGGAGGACACAGUCUCCAUGGAAGGUUUGAGCGAACUCGUUUCUUCCGAGACAUUGGAUUCUUCAAUCGAGGAUGCUUCCAAGGAUGACAUGAUCUACAAUCUUCUCAGCACAUCGGCCAGAAAACCGGUCUCGACCGAUAAAAGGUUGCUUUUCUUCUGGUUUCCUCUUCUUCUAGCUCUGAUGGUUCUGGUUCUCGCGAACAAGUUCAAUAUGGUUAAUGAAGAGUAUUGGGAGUCGACCAUCGUGGCCGAGUUCUUGAGGUCCGCCAUGGGUAAGUUUGUGUACGGCAAAGAGAGGUUCGAGGAGAUGUUUGCGGAUCGGUUCAAUUCGCUCCCGAUAGUGUGA